CAGGUGUCUGCAACUGUCAAAAAAGUGACGCAUUUAUCUGAAUGACAAUGUAAUGAUAUUUAAAUAAACAAAUACUAUUAGAAUGAGGUGAAAUGUAAAUGCCUAAACGCAAUACAAAACACCAUCGCAAAAAUGUUACCUUACCAAAUUGUGAUUUUCAUGCUGGCAUUUUAUGGGGUUCGUGCAUUGCCCGAUGAGGGUAAAUGGGACUACAAUUUAACAAUGGAGGGAAAUCACAUGAUUGUGUCGAAAAGUCUAUACAACGCUUCUCAAAUUUUUGUCAAAGUUAAUUGCGAAAGUACACAAGAUACACCUAUAAACAUAACAAUCGGGUGGAUAGUAAUUCAGUCGCCUUGCUGGGAUUAUUCCGACGCUAUUACGUUAGGAAGGGAUUUGUUAGAAUCGUCCGAUAAAACCAUAAACGACACUACAUAUCAUCGUGCAAGGGAUCGCACUUAUACAUGCGACGAUCAUAUUAUUCUGGACGAGGCGAAGUUACAGAAGAAUCAGCAGUCCUUAGAGAAGGCGCAUCCGAUCUAUAUCGUACCGAAGGAUGGCAUUUACGUACUAAUAUUUCGCGUCACGGGCAGCAGUCCGUCGUUUAAUUUGGGCGUUCACGUGGAGAUGAAGAACGAUUACGGUUAUCUAUCGGCGGCGGAUUGGCCUUUGCUUCCGUUCUACGGUGUAAUGUGCAUUUUAUACGUAAUAUUCGGCUUGAUAUGGUUGAUCGUUUCGUUUAUGCAAUGGCGCGAUUUAUUACGGGUACAGUUUUGGAUUGGUGGCGUCAUUCUGCUUGGGAUGUUGGAGAAGGCGACAUUCUACGCGGAGUUUCAAAGUAUUAAUAAUAGCGGCGUCCGUGUUCAAGGGGCGAUGAUCUUCGCCGAGUGGGUCUCGUGCGCGAAGCGUACCUUGGCGAGAAUGCUAGUGAUUAUCGUUAGUUUAGGAUUCGGGAUUGUAAAACCGAGAUUGGGCGCCGCUUUGCAUCGCGUUAUCGGCGUCGGGCUUUUAUAUUUUCUACUGGCGGCCUGCGAAGCGUACUUGAGAAUAACGAAACCGAAGAAUAAUCAAACGAAAGAUUUGUUGGUGGCUUCCGUUCCUUUAGCAGUUUUAGAUUCCGCAAUCUGCUGGUGGAUUUUUAAUGCCCUCGUUAAUACGACGAGGACUUUGAGACUGAGGCGAAACGAAGUUAAGCUAUCGCUUUAUAGACAUUUUACAAAUGCGUUAAUAUUUUGUGUCGUGGCUUCUGUUAUUUUUAUGCUUUACGCAAUUAAAGUGCAUCGCGUCGUAACUUGCUUAUUAGUCUGGAAAGAUUUGUGGUUAGAAGAAGCCUAUUGGCACAUUUUGUUUUCGGCCGUUUUACUUGUAAUAAUGAUACUUUGGCGUCCGACAAACAAUAAUCAAAGGUACGCUUUCGUGCCAUUAUUGGAAACGGGCGAUGAUGAAGAAGAGGAACAGUUGGUUAAUGACGCUUACGGCGUUAAAAUACGAAUAAACCAUCAGCGUCCUAACUCGCCCAAAACCCACAGUAUUGAAGACGACAUCAAGUGGUUAGAGGAGAAUAUAACCAGUGACCCCACCUUACCCGUUCUUGAUUCGGAUGAGGAAGUUGUUAAUACCAGAUUUGAGGUGUCAAAAAUGCAAUAGUUGCAAUGGUAUAUCAAGUUUAAGUGUGAUCGUGAUUUACUUAAUAUCCUUCAGAUUUUGUUAAAAAAAAGACAUUUUAAUUAGUACCUAUCGCUUCAUUUUGUAAAAAUUCAAAAUAGUUUUCUCUUAUGUAAAAAUAAAUAAUAAAAUUACAUUUACCGUA